AUGCGCCCUAUCACCACCACAGCAUCAAGGAUCAUGUCGUAUCUCAAGUCGUUCUCGCGCAUUCUUCGGGGCUCACUCUCCACGAACCCCGGUGGGGUCUCUGGUACGCCGGGUUCAUUCCAUCUGCCGCUGCGUAAGCUUGUGCUGCGCUACUCUCAACACAACCCCUCGUCGGCGGGCACUCGAGCGUUCCUGCUCUCGUCGACAUUCACCCAGCUUUCGAAAAAGUACCCCUCGGUAGAGUUCGUAGUCACCGAAGCAGGGAACGCCAAACACCCGCUCGUGACGGGAUUCUAUGCGGAUACCAGCGCGGCGGCAUUCAGGAGCGAGAAGAGGAAGGAUAUCAGUCUGGCCAAUUUGGAUGUGGGCCAGGUCGGGGCCAAGGUGCAAAGGGUCGUAGAGGCAAGUGGCGACAAGACCAAGAGUCUGAAGAGGAGAACGACGCUCUCGAGGAACGAAAGUGCAAGAGUACCAGAGUUGUGGCGCGUGUGGGUGUGCAUGGCUGGGUGGGAGAAGGGACAACUUCUCCCGCCUAGGAGACUCUGGUCGGAAAGCAUGAAAGCGGGUGCUUCUUCGGCCCUCGCUCGUCUUUCUCCCCAUCACUCGACCAUGCGUCUGCCUGUCCUCUUUAGCCUGCUUUCGCUUGCUACUUGGGCAACAUCUUCUCCAGCAGGAGGCGGUGCGGUCGAAGAACUAGGCGGUGCAGUUGAGCAAGCCGCCACGUCGGCAUCGCCCGCAGCAUGGCGACCCGAACUCGAGCAAAUAUCCUCCUUCGUAUCACCCGGUCGAGCAGCGUGGCGCAAGUACCUCGCAACACUCUCUACACAUCCCCCGCCCCCUCUCCGCUACGCCACGCGCGCGGAAAUGGCCGACAUCCAACACGCGCGGUUCGUCGAGCAUCCAUCGGUUGCUAAACUAGGCAUCAUUGAACCGGGACACGCGUUCAUUGGCCAAACCCCCAAGGGAAGACUCGUGUUCAAGGCACCCCACAUCCAUGGCAUCACGAUGCACGUCCCCGCCAAGGGGCAUAUUAUGGCGGACCAGCUCGUGGCGAGGAAAAGGGGCGACUGGAUCGAAGUGAUCAAUUGGGGGCCGGUCAACACACACGGCUUCGCUCCGGAGGACUUGCACGACAUCGCCAUCAAGACCAACAGGGGCUAUCUGGUUCGGGACGAGGUGCCCAUGAAUAGGGUCGCGUGGACAAGGCAGCAGGGCGAAAAGUGGGACCAAGCGGGGCCUAGCUAA